CCUGCAUCUCGACCAUGAAGAAAGGAUUGGUGCUCGGUGUGUAUGAAACAGAAGAUGAUAGCAAGGUUUUAUUGACACCCACGGCGGCGAAAUACGAUGAACUAGUUAAAGGAAAACUACAAAAAAGUAUUUUAUUGAGAGACUAGACUGAGAGACGGUAUUGUACGCAUGAUAUGAAGCAAAAAGCUCGCUGCACAGAAGGAGUUACCAGAGAUAUUUUGUUAUAUAGAAUCAGUUUAAAAACGCAUUAUUCGGAAAGUAACAAUUUCAUUUAAACUGAUUAUUAACAAAAUCAAAGUUAUUAUUAACACGCUUAAAAGAGACUUCGAUCAACAUGAAAUUUAAAAAGAACGUUAAAAUUGACAAACAUACUUUAAGCAAUACCAUAUAAAAUAUAGCAUAGAAUAAUUUUAAUUAGGAAUAAUAAUGUCAGCUAUCGGUGAUAGUAACUUGGGAAAUGAUAGCGCUGCUGGAAGUAGUGGGGGAGUGGGUGAAUGUAGUAGUCGAAUAAGUAAACAACACCAAUCGACAAAUGUUCUCCAUAGGAUUAGCAGUACACUCGAAGAUAAAAAUAAUGAUUAUCUCUGUCCUAUUUGUUUUGAGGUAAUCGACGAAGCCCAUAUCACGCGUUGCGGUCACACGUUCUGUUAUCGUUGUAUUGUAAAAUCUUUGGAAGCUAACGGGCGUUGUCCAAAAUGUAGCUACACGUUAACGCAACAGGAUAUAUUCCCAAACUUUUUGUUGCACGAACUAAUUUCAAAAUACAAAACUAGAAUUAAAGGUCUCGCUGAAUUAGGGUCCUCGUACACGGUCGAUGGUAGACAUAGAGUUAUAGGCACAGAUAUAUCUCUACCGCCGUACGAUGGAUUAAGAGAUAUCGUAGCCGCAGAAAGUGCUAAUCUCACUUUGCCGGACGUAAAUGUAAUGUUAGAGGUAUUAACCCAAAGAAAACAUUUGCUCGAGGCGGAAACAUGUGCGGCACAAAACAAAUUGCUGCACGAAUUUUUAACGCAUUUAUUGCAACAGAAAGAAGAACAAAAGAAGCAGUUACAAAAGGAGAUAGCAUUAAUUAAAAAGGAUAUGGAAGAGGUUGAAAAUAUAUUAAGGGACGUUCAGAGCAAAUGUCCUAGAAUAGAAGAUUUGAAGAAAUCAAGCGAAAAUGAUACUGCGCAAGUGUGGGCUAUUAGAAGAGAGAUGAUAGGCCUUAUAGACAUAAUAGAUUCAAAUAUGGUGAAACCAAAUGAGAAAACUGUUGCAACAUCUGGAAACGAUACGUUUGGUAAUCCUUCGGGGAGCCAAAAACAAAUUGUAUACACGGCUGGAUCGACCUUGGCUGUACGUAGGAAGAGAAUGCAUGCUCACUUUGACGAUUUUGUGCAAUGUUAUUUCGAUUUCCGUGCUAAAGAAUUACUUCUUGGACACAAGCCUCAAGGUCAGAGCGACACAUGGCACGGCACGAGCUCAGGGCUUGAUGUUUUUAGAGAAAAUCUUGUGAAAUUUUCAAAAUACAAUUCGUUACGUCCAUUGGCAACUUUAAACUAUUCGUCGGAUAUUUUUAAUAAUUCCACUAUUGUCUCGAGCAUAGAAUUUGAUAAGGAUAAUGAAUUCUUUGCAAUAGCUGGGGUUACAAAGCGUAUCAAAGUAUUCGACUAUUGUGCCGUAAUAAGGGAUACGGUGGACAUUCACUAUCCCUGUGUAGAAAUGUUAUCCAGCUCUAAAAUAUCGUGUGUAUCAUGGAAUUCCUUUCACAAAGGAAUGUUAGCGUCGUCCGAUUACGAAGGGACUGUGACAGUGUGGGACGCUGCAACUGGUCAAAGAACAAAAGCGUUUCAAGAACAUGAAAAGAGAUGCUGGUCCGUCGACUUCAACGAUGUAGACACUAGGCUUAUAGCAUCAGGUUCGGACGAUGCUCGAGUCAAAUUAUGGUCCCUGAACAAUGAUCAUUCCGUUGCUUCAUUAGAAGCGAAAGCUAAUGUAUGUUGCGUAAAAUUUAAUCCGCGUAGUUCGUGCCAUUUGGCAUUUGGAUCAGCUGAUCAUUGCGUCCACUAUUAUGAUCUACGUAAUAUGAAGGAAGCAUUGUGCAUAUUUAAAGGCCACCGUAAAGCUGUUUCGUAUGUUAAGUUUAUUAACAAAGAGGAAAUAGUAUCCGCAAGCACCGAUUCGCAGUUAAAAAUGUGGAACAUUAACAAUCCGCAUUGUUUGCGCUCAUUUGUUGGACACGUAAAUGAGAAGAACUUUGUAGGUCUCGCCACCGAUGGCGAUUACGUGGCAUGCGGAUCGGAAAAUAAUGCACUCUAUGUAUAUUACAAAGGACUAUCGAAACAAUUAUUCUCUUAUAAAUUUGAUGGUGUUCGAAGCAUAUUAGAGAUACAAGAACGAAGAGAAGAGGAUCUGAAUGAAUUCGUAUCCGCAGUUUGUUGGAGACAAAUGUCUAAUGUUGUGGUGGCUGCUAAUUCCCAAGGAAUUAUUAAAAUAUUAGAACUUGUUUGAAGAUAAUCACGUUUUAACAUGAUACUUAGCAUACAUCGACGUGUAUUUUGAAAGUUAUUUAAUUUGAUACUUAGGUGCAGACAACAACGAGAAGUAAAAGUUUAUUCUAAAUGUUAUAGCAAUUUGUUGUAAGCCAAAUUAAAAAAGUGUUUGUUACAUGGAAAUCUAAAUUAUUAGAGAUUGACUUAUUUGAGAAAGUAAUACUCUGAGUAUUGUAUAGCACAAAUAUUUUCUUGUAAUUGUAUAUUUUAAUAAGAUAUAGGUAUUGUUACUUAUUCUGUUUUCGAUUAACUAUUUUUCAUUUUAGAUAUAAUUUAAUAGACUGAAUUUUAAUGAUAAAUAUUUCAUACUUUUGUAUUAGUGGCACAUGUCUCUUCUUGAUCACAUAUAUAAUAUGGAAUGUGGCCUUUUAUAAUUUCUUGUUAAUUUGAUAAUAUUUAGCGUAUUACAAAAUGAAUGUAUAGUAAGUCCUUGAUUUAUGCGGUUAAAGUUCGUUCCAAAGUUUUCUCUGUAAAACAAAUUAUCUGCUGCUCAGCCCCUGAUUAACAAUAAUAUAGUACCAUCGGUAAGAAAAAUGUGGACAGUGUAGAGUAAUUUUUGUUUAGUAAGAUCAUCAUUUAACCGAUAGUUUUUAAUUUUUAUGAAACAUGGAAUAUAGGUAGAGCAUUGAAAAAUAUGUUAGGUACAUAUUUUUUAUAUCAACUUAUAUUCAUGUUCAUAAGGUGAAAAUUACCUUUGAUCUUCUAAAUGAAAUACAUUUUUAGAUAUAUUCUUUGGAAAAUAAUUGAGAUAGAAAACAAUGUCGAGUAUGAAUCUUGUAAAAUCAGACUUUAAACAGAUUUAUACAUAUUACUUGACGAAAAGUAUGGAAUAUUAUUUUUGAAUAAAUGAAUAUACAUAUACAUGUAUUCAGAUAUUCAUUCUAUGAAUAUAUAUAUAUAUAUACACACAUAUAAGAUAUGUACAAGGACAUAAAUUAAGACACAACCGUUCUGUUUAAUUCAAGGACUCUCUAUACUUGCACAGUAAUUCUUAGCACAAUU